CAAACAGUGGCUGGGAAAGGAGAUCCGUGUGUCCUGCUCGAUUUGGGUGUUGCUGAAGAGGUUGGAUGGAAGCCUGGCUUUCUCGAUUGCUUGCCCAAUUUAGGCAGCGGAAGGCACAAACUGAUGGUCAGAAUGGAUCAAAGAAGCAGAAAAAAAAGAGGAAAACAGCAAACAUCAAAGAUGAAGAAUCAAUACAAGACGGGAUUGAUACUGAUCGAUCUCGAGGUGAUGAAACAUCCACGUGCAGCAGCCGAAGGGGAGCAGCUGCUACUGCUGACUUUGCUGUUAUCAGGACUUUGCAUAGCGGAGAAAUUAUCAGACACAACCAGACUUACACCAUUGAGCCAGAAAGUGAAAUUUCCACUACAGUAGAAGAUUACAGUUCUGAGGUAAAUGGUUGCAGUUUUGUGACAAGAACAGCUAUACCUGCAGACUUAAUCAGGGAAGAAGAAUUUGGAGUUGGAGAGAUUUGUUCUGAGCAUGGAAUGCAGCACUCUCACACGCAGCUAGAGGUGAUGGAGAAUGAAUUGGCUGGGAAACAGCAAGAGAUCGAAGAGCUAAACAGAGAGCUAGAAGAAAUGAGGGCAGCAUAUGGUACAGAAGGAUUGCAACAGCUGCAAGAAUUUGAAGCUGCUAUCAAAAAAAGAGAUGACAUUAUCACUCAGCUCACUACUAACCUACAGCAGGCACGGAAAGAAAAGGAUGAAACUAUGAGGGAGUUCUUAGAGCUUACUGAACAAAGUCAAAACUUGCAAAUUCAGUUUCAGCAUUUGCAGGCAAGUGAAGCCCUGAGGAACACCAGCCAUAGUUGCACAGCUGCUGAUUUAUUGCAAGCCAAGCAACAGAUACUUUCACAUCAGCAACAGCUAGAAGAACAAGAAUGUCUGCUGAAGAAUUAUCAAAAAAAGAAUGAAGAAUUUGAAGUGCAGAUUACAUGUCUUCAGGACAAAAUUGCAACGUAUGAAAUGGAAAAACACAAAAAUGAGGAAGAAGAUUUGAGUAAACUACAAGAAAAAGAAGCAUUAGUUGAAGAGCUGGAAGCAAAACUUGGAGAAGAAGAAAAAAAUUCAAAUCAGCUUAAGGAAAAAUUAUCAGAUGUCAGUAAAUUACUUGAAGAAUUGAAAGAACAGAUUUCACUAAAGAACCAGGAGAUAAGUAAUACGAGAGUUGAACUUACCACCUACAAACAGAAAGAAAGACAAUGUUCUGAUGAAAUAAAACAAUUAAUGGGAACUGUGGAAGAAUUGCAGAAACGAUGUUAUAAAGACAGCCAGUCUGAAGCUGACGUUGUGCAGAGAAUGGAAUUAGAAACACAAAGGAGACUGGCACAACUUCAGGCUGAAUUAGAUGAAAUGCAUGGCCAGCAGAUUGUACAAAUGAAGCAAGAAUUAAUUAAGCAACAUGCAAUGGAAAUAGAACAGCGUCUUUUGCAACAAAAAGUAGAAUUUGAGAAAACUUCAAGUCUGUGUUUGAGUGAGAGUGUUAAUAAAGAUCAAAUGCAUUUAAUGAAUAUUAAAAUUAAUGAAUUGAAUGUGAAAUUGCAAGAUGCUGAUAAUGAAAGGGAAAAAAUGAAGCAAGAAUUGUCACAACAGAUGGAAGUAAUUUCAGCAGAGAAGUCUCUUCAACAAACUAAAAUUGAAGAUCUUUUCCAAGAACUGAAUUUUUCAAGAGAGCAGGUUCAAAGAGCCAAACAAACCAUAGUGGAUAUGGAAUGUAGAUUAAAUGAAGCUGAAAAAUACCAGUUUGUGAUUGAAGAUUUAAAAACUCAGCUGGCUUCUGCCUCUGAAUUUAGGAAGGAACUGGAAUUAAAGCAUGAGGCAGAAGUCACAAAUUACAAAAUAAAACUUGAAAUGCUAGAAAGGGAGAAGGAUGCAGUUUUGGACAGGAUGGCAGAAUCUCAAGAAGCAGAAUUAGAGAGACUGAGAACAAAGCUUCUGUUUAGUCAUGAAGAAGAACUUUCCAGACUUAAAGAAGACUUAGAAAAAGAGCAUAUGGUGAACAUGGAAAGCCUUAAAGAUAACUUGAAUAUGCACCAUAAACAGCAGUUAGAUGAGGUACAAAAUGAAAUGAGUCAAAAGAUAGAAGCCAUGCAAUAUGAAAAGGACAACUUAAUGACAAAGCAAAAUCAGUUGAUAUUGGAGAUCUCAAACCUAAAAGAUUUACAGCAGUCUAUUGUAAAUUCUAAAUCUGAAGAAAUGACACUUCAAAUCCAUGUGCUGCAGAAGGAGAUUGAAAAGCUUAGGCAAGAGGAAAAAGAAAAAGCUACCCUUGAACAGGAAAUUCAAGAGUUGCAGUUUAAAACUGAGUCACUGCAGGAACAAAUGAGGGAGAGAGAAGAUAACCUUCAAAAAAAAUGUUCAGAACUUGAAAUGCAAAAUAACCUUCUUAAGGGGGAAAACAAAACUCUGGAAGAGAAACUAAAAAGUAUGUUGGUAAGCUCUGAAGAAAAUGUCGUUUUUAGUAACAGUAUUAGCUCCAAGUCAGAAAUUUUGGACUUGCAAAAAAGAAUAGAAAAACUGAUCACUGAAAACGAGCAACUUAAAAACCAAAACGGUCAACUCCAAGAGGAUACUGAAAGGCAGAAGAGUGCCUUUUCAUUUACUGAGAAAAAACUUGAAGCUAAUUAUAAAGACCUGCAGAAAGAAUGUGCAAGUCUUCUGAAGGCAAAAACUGAGUUAGAAGAGAACAAGAAUAAGCAGGAAGCUGAAUAUAAAAGCAAACUCAAAGCUUUGAAUGAAAAACUUCACCACUUACAAAGCAACAGACCAGUUUCAUUUAAAACUAAAGCUUCUGGUUUUGAAGGGAGUAAAGAAAUCAAGGUGUCCGGAGCAGACACGUUUGAGGCUGGGGAAGUUGUUGAAAAAGAUGCGACAGAACUUAUGGAAAAGCUUGAGGUUACCCAGCGUGAGAAACUGGAAUUAUCCCUGAGACUUUCCAAUCUCUCUGAACUGUUGAAGUCAAAGCAUGGUGAAAUUUGUCAUUUAAAUGAGAAAGUUAAAUCCUUAAAAGAUGAGAAAGAACAAGUUCUAGCAAAAUGUAAAGAACUAGAAGUCAUAAUUAGCCAUGCUCAGAGAGGAAAUAGUAGUAGUAAUGACCCUAAGACAAAAUGCUCUAAAGUAAAAGCUCUAAAGACUGCUGCUCCAGCUACUUCUGAAAGUAGAAAUAACCCCCCUGGUCCAAGGAAUAAAGUUGAUGAAGGAAUAAAUGUAAGAGGAAAUAUAGGUUCAGGUAAAGAUAUCAGUCAUAAGGUAGCAAAAAGAAAGGAUGUUCAGCAAAUGUUGAAAACAGAACAGCAGUCUCUUAUAGAACAUUUGCAUGAGGUGACAGAUGAAACAUCGUUAAUAGCCAUUACACAGAGUGAAAAUAAUAAUCUUCAGCAGCAAGUGGAUGCCUUAAAAUCAGAACAGGCUGAUUUACAGCUACAGAUGGAAGCACAGCGCAUUUGUCUAUCGCUGGUUUAUUCAGCUCAUAUAGACCAGGUUCGUGAGUACCUGAAAGCAGAAAAAGAGAGUGCACUUUCCAGUCUUAAAGAGGAGCUUGUAUGUAGUCAUCUACAAGAGAUGAAUGAUCUUAAAAAAAUGCAUCAGCUGGAGCUCCAGACCUUGAAAAUUCAACAAGCAGAUGAUGAAGUCAAAUCUACACAAAGACUUAUAGAAAAGCUGAAUGAAGCUGUAACUGAGGAAUGUUCUAGGCUUGCUCAGGUUUUAUGUGACAAUCAGAAUGAAUAUUCUUCAGCUGUUGUAGAAGUUGGUGAUAGGGAACAGGAUAUUUUCCGUAGACCUGCUGCUAUGAGAGAAAAACUGAGUGUAGAAUUACCAAUACACAGAGGUCAAGCUCAAGUCCCUGGUUAUCUGUGUAAUUUAGCUGUGCAAGAACGUAUGGAUGCACUUCUACACAAGAUAAUGGAAGAAUACAGUAGGCUGAAAGCAUUGCAAACACAGCUGAUGAAAGAUUAUAAACAGGUCAAAGAACCAUGGCUAUCUUCUUCAGAAAGGAGGAAAGAAGAGGAACCUAGCUACCUGGAAACAAGAAAGGAAUGUCUGCAGACCCCUUCACAGGGUCUAAUGGAUCCUGCGAUUCAAGAAUACUGCUCCAAGGAGAUAGGAAACCUUAAAACACAACUUGAAGAACAGCAUACUCAAGAACUGGAACACCUCCGGUCCUAUUUCCAACAGCAGCUGAAAGAAAGUGAAGAGAGGUACACGACAGAGAUUGUCUAUCUGCAGGAUAAGCUUCAGAAUGCUGGGGUAUCCUCUGACCACACGAGUGUAGCUACAGAUGCACAAAUAAAGCUAAAAGAAGUCUUCAGGGAAGUGAAGUGCACUGACAGUCUUCAUCAGCAAAGAACAGAUGAAGCAGUGGAGCUUGCUAGUGAAAUUGAAAUGCAGAAUGAUCUGGAUGUUCAAUUGCUAGAAAAGCAGUAUCAAGAAAGAUUAGAAGAAGAAAUAGCAAAGGUAAUAGUGUCAAUGAGCGUAGCAUUUGCCAAACAGACUGAAUUGUCAAGAAUUGCUAGGCAGAAGGAAGAAGAAGCACAAACACAGAUUGUACAUCAACAGGGAAUGCAUUUUGAAAUUAAAAAGCAAUGUGGUGAAGAAGAGGUUGACGGCCCUCUUAGAAAAGCAACAGAAAAAGGCACUAAGCAUGAAGAAGAAUUGAAAUCACUUUGCAAGGAACUCGCUGAAGAGUCUGGUGAGAUCAACUCACUUGGAGAACAGCUUCAUUCUAAUAGCAAGCCUGAUUGCGUACUAGGAGAGACCACACAUGAAUCAGUGAUUUCUGAAGAACUUUUUUCACAUGUUAAAGGGCUUACAGCAGAAGAAACACUGUGCUACAGUGAGAUGACGGCAUCAGACACAGAAACAUCAAGUCAGCUGUUGUUAUACGAGGAACGUUUGGAAGAUAUGCGACAGGAGCUAGUACGGCAAUAUCAGGAACAUCAGCAGGCAACAGAAUUAUUGAGACAAGGGCACAUGCAGCAAAUGGAACGUCAAAAAGAAAAUCAAGAGCAACUCUUAGCAGAGCUUGAGAGUCUUAAAGUGCAAUUAGCUGAGCGUGUCUCAAUGGAGAAUGACAGCCUGGUUGCAGAGAGAGAGAGAAUGCUUUUAGAAGAACUGGAAUCAUUAAAACAACAUUCUGUACCCGGAAAAGAGAGGCUGUUUUGUGAGCUACAAAACAACAGCACACAAACGGAGAAUGAAGAUGAAAACCAAAAUGAUGUGAGAGCACAGAUCUUUGAGGAUGAGGAUGGAGGAAGAAAGCCUGAUGAAACAUCUUCAGAUCUUCUUUCUAAAGAAAGGCAUGUUUUUCAGAAGGCUAAUGAGAAACUCCUGAAGAUUCUUUUAGAAGUUGUGAAGACAACUGUGGCCAUGGAGGAGACAAUUGGUCACCAUGUUCUCGGGUUACUGGAUCGGUCUGGGAAAGUCCAGCCUUCCAAACCAGCUGGAUGGGACACAGAGACAGAGGAGUCAGUAAAACCCUGUAUCCUUGUGGGAUAUGAAAAAGAGUCCUGUUCCUCAUAUCGUGGUGGUAGUAUGGGAGAUGAAGAUGUUAACAUGUGGUCAGGAGCAACGGAUGAAGGACUGCUGAGCCAACAUCUUGCAGAAAGUGGAGUGGAAAUAGAUCCUGAAAAUGAAGAACUCAUUCUGAAUAUUAGUUCUCGACUACAAGCGGCUGUUGAAAAGCUUCUGGAAGCUAUCAAUGAAACUUCAAAUCAGCUUGAACAUGCUAAAAUUACUCAGACAGAACUCAUGCGAGAGUCCUUCAAAAAGCAACAAGAGGCCACAGAAUUUAUCAAGUAUCAGGAAGAACUACAAGAACGUCUUAAUGAAGAAACCAAAGCCAGAGAGCAGUUGGCUUUGGAGCUUAGUAAAGCUGAAGGCCUCAUUGAUGGUUAUGCAGAUGAAAAAGCAUUUCUGGAAAAACAACUCCAGGAAAAAAUAAACAUAAUUGACCAUCUUGAGCAAGAACUACUGUGUACAGGUAACAAAUUGCAGGAGUUAGAGGCUGAACAGCAGCAGAUCCAGGAAGAAAAGGAGUUGCUUUCCAGGCAGAAGGACGCCAUGAGAGCAGAUGCUGGGCCAGUAGAGCAGCGCCUAGUAGAUGCUGCAGUCGAUGCAGCUUCCCAAGCAGAAUUGCUGGAGGAAACAGAAAAGCUAAUGAAAGAAAAAAUUGAAGUACAGCGUCAAGCUGAAAAAGAGUAUGAUGAUCUUCAGAAGCAAGUGAAAGUCUUGGAAAUAGACUUGGAAGAACAGGUCAAUCGUUUCAUAGAGCUAGAGCAAGAAAAAAAUGCAGAACUAAUGGACUUAAGGCAGCAAAACCAGGCUUUGGAGAAGCAACUUGAGAAAACAAGAAAAUUUCUAGAUGAGCAAGCAAUUGACCGAGAGCACGAGAGAGACGUAUUCCAGCAAGAGAUACAGAAGCUGGAACAACAGCUUAAGAUUCCACAAAGGAGUCAGCCUGUCAAUGAACAUCAAACCAGAGAGGUUGAACAGUUAACAAAUCAUCUAAAGGAAAAAACAGACAAAUGCAGUGAGCUUUUGCUCUCUAAGGAGCAACUUCAGAGAGAUAUACAGGAACGAAAUGAAGAAAUUGAGAAGCUAGAAUGCAGGAUAAGAGAACUGGAACAAGCCUUAAUCAUCAGUGCAGACAAUUUGCAAAAGGUGGAGGAAAGGAAACAGUUUGGCACCAUCAUAGUAAAGGGAGAAUUACCUCUUGAAGUACAAUUGCAAGCUGAACGAGAAGCUGUGGACAGAAAGGAAAAGGAGGUCACGAACCUUGAGGAACAACUGGAGCAGUUUCGAGAGGAGCUAGAAAAUAAAAAUGAAGAAGUUCAGCAAUUGCACAUGCAACUAGAAAUUCAGCGAAAGGAGUCCACUACACACUUGCAAGAACUUGAACAAGAGAAUAAAUUAUUUAAGGAUGAAAUGGAAAUACUGGGACUAGCUAUCCAGAAAUCUGAAGCUGCUACCAUAAAAGACCAUCAUUUAGUGGCUGGGAGGCUUGCUCACAUCAUGCAAGAAAAGGAGCAGGAAAUAGAUCUUCUUCACGAACAAAUCGCAAAACUGCAACAGCAACUUGAAGUCACAACUGACAACAAAGUUAUUGAAGAACAAAAUGAGCAUAUACGGGAGCUCGAAGCCCAGAUAGAAUGUCUGAAAAGUGAUCAAGAACGUGUGAAGAAAAAAAAUUAUGAGGAAGUAGAGCAGUUGAAUGAUGACAUUGCUGCUUUUCAAGAAGAUGCUGACAGUCUGAAACACACACUUGAAACAGUUCUGGCAGAAAAGGAAGCUUUGGAGAAGCAAGUAGAAAACAUAAAUGUAGAGGCAUCUCGAACAAAGAAUGAGCUUGAGGAGACUAAGUUAAAAAUGAACCAGCUAAGGCAAGAAAUAAGUAUGUUAAAAAUAGAGCAUGAAAGAAUAACAGAGGAAUAUAAGUACGCACUGAUGAAAGGUGAGAGGGAAAAAGCAGAAGAUAAGAGCAAUAAGAAAACUGAAAAAGUGGAAGAAGGCUCAUGUGAGAAGGUAGAGUUGCUAGACCAAUCCCAGCUUAGGUCUUCAGAUGAGAAUACAAGAGUCGCCAUUAGCAAGAUGGAGGUACAACUGCAGCACCUUCAGGCAUGCAUUAAGGAAAAAGAUUCAGAACUAUGCCAGUCCUACAGUGAAAUAAAAGAGCUGAAAGAGCAAGCCAAAGCUGAAAGAGAAACACUUAAAAAGAGGAUAUUAGAACUGGAAAAGGCACUGGUGGAAAAAGUUGCUGCUGCUCUUGUGAGUCAGGUUCAGCUAAAUGCAGUUCAAGAACAAAGGAAAUUCGUGCAGGAAAUUCAGGAAGCUUCAAAAUGUGUGGAGGAAGCAAGCAAGAAUGCCCAAACAGAGGGUUUGAGUGAUGGAACUGAAAGUCAGAUGGAAUCAAAAUUGUCACUCUUAACACACAAGCUUAGUGAGAUGCAGGACCAACUGGCAGCAGUAAAUCAUAACUUGGAGCUAGAAAAAGAGAAUGUAAAAGCUGCACAAAAGGAAGCUAAAGUGAAAGAAGAGAGACUCUUAGAACUUCAGCAAUUACUAGAAGAGAUUCAAGAAAAACACAAAGGAGAGAUUCAGAAAGACAUUAAGCAAGAAGAAAUGCAGACAUUUCAGGUAGGAGCACAACUCAUGGAAAGUCAAAAAGAAAAUGUCCUUAUUACUGAACUUGAACUAGAGCAAGUUAAAGAAGAAGCAGCUGCUGCUAAGGAAGAACUGAGCAGUUACAGAGAAAAGGCAGAAAAACUUCAGCAAGCUCUAGCAGUAAAAGAAGCAAGUCUGAUACAUCUUCAAGAAGACCUAUGCAAAGUUAAAGAGAACCUAGUUCAAACAGAAGAGAGGCUUGCUAGUUACAUGAGAAAGGACAAAGAAAUGGCAAAAACUGAAAGCAAAAAGGAUGCAGAAAUAUUGUGUGAUUUGUCAGCCAGUGAGUCUACCCUAAUUAGAAAAAGCUCAUCAUCACAAACAGAUGAGACUGUGGAAGUCAACAGCUGUAUCCAAACUUCACCAGUCCUUGUUAAAAAUGCAGAAAUCCAAAUUGAUUUGCAAAAUGGAUGUUCUUCAGAAGAAAUUGCAGAGAUCAUAAGAGAAUUUACUGAAAAAAUUGAUCAAAUGCAAGAACUCCAUGCUGCCGAAAUCAUGGACAUGGAGACAAGGCAUAUCUCUGAAUCCGAAGCAUUAAAGAGAGAGAAGUUUGUUGCAGUGGAAGUAUUGACUGAAGAAUGUAAUAGUUUAAAGGAAGUCAUAGAAACUCUACGAGCUAAAGAAAGAGUCCCAGUUUCUGGAUUAGCACGUUCUCCACCGUAUCAAGCUAGAGAUGGCGGUUCUAGUGACUCCAGUUCAGACUGGAGUCAAGGAAUGUAUCUUGCUCAGACCCAGGGAUCUGACAUGAUAUCUGAAGGAAUAGAUGAAGGUGAAACUUCAACAGAUUUACUUCCAAAAAAAAUUAAGGGUUUGCUGAGAGCAGUCCAUCAUGAAGGCAUACAGGUUUUGUCUCUCACUGAAUUUCCAUAUGGUGAAAGAGAGAUGCCACCUCUUAAGCAAGAGCCAGAAUCUUGGCUGGAGGAAAGGAAAGCUUUUCUAAGCACCAUUUCAUCUUUGAAAGACCUAAUUGCAAAAAUGCAACUUCAUAGAGAGGCUGAGAGUUAUGCAAGUACUGAAUCUCCUGAAGAUGUCUCAGACUGGCGAGGAGAACUUCUGCACGCUAUUCAGCAGCUUUUUGUGAGAGAACAAAAUGUUCUUCUUGCUGCGUUUCAAACUGAACUUGCAGAACUGGGCACAAGAGAUACAGUCAUACUGAUGAAUCAGUUAGAGCACAGACUACAAGAGCAGGCUACUAACCAGAGAGCAGCAAUGGACUGUCUUCAGAAUGCAGACAGAAGAAGUUUGCUGAUGGAGAUUCAAGUAUUACAUGCUCAGAUGAACAGUAAGAAAAACAAUCCAAAGAGAGAACAAGAGAGUGAUUCAAAAAGCCAAGGUGACUUCUGUGAAAUGCUGGAGUAUAAUAUGCAGCAGAAGCAGUCACAGAUACUGGAGAUGCAAGUGGAGCUCCGGAGUAUGAAGGACAGAGCAGCUGAGCUUCAGGAACAGCUGAAUUCAGAGAGAAUGAAGGGUGCUGAGCUGAAGAAUGAACUUGCGCAAGCCAAACUAGAGCUUGAAACAACCCUUAAAGCACAGCACAAGCACUUCAAGGACCUAGAAACCAUCAGGACUGAAGUUAAAGAAAAAGCAGCUGAGCUAGAUGUUCUCAAGGAUACAAUGGCCAGCGAACAGAAAAAAUCAAGAGAACUACGAUGGGCUUUGGAAAAGGAAAAAGCUAAAAUGGAACGUAGUGAGGAAAGAGGAAGAGAAGAGCUUGAGGAUUUAAAAUUCUCACUUGAAGAUCAAAAACAAAAGAACUUGCAGUUAACUAAACUUUUGGAGCAAGAGAAACAGCUGUCAACUGAUCUGCAACAGAAAAUCGAAUCCCAAGAAGCACUCAGCGCUGCCCAGCUGUCACGUGAACGAGGCCGUAAUUCUGAGUUGCAGGUGCUUCUUGAAUCAGAGAAGGUUCGAGCUCUUGAAAUAAGCAGUGCCCUAGAAAGGGAAAAAGAGCUAUGUGCUCAGCUUCAAAGUGCUGAAGAUAAGGGGCAAGCUGGAACACCUAAUCCAUCUGAGGAAUUACUUAAAGAGCUACAGAAACAAAUGGAUGAAAAGCAUGACCGUAUAGUGGAGUUAGUAAGUGAGAUGGAGAAGUACAAACUGGAAUCUGUGCAAGUGAGACAGCAAAUGGAGAAAGAAAGGCAGAUCCAGAGGAAAGCGUUACAAGCAGAACAAGAUGCUAACAUAAUAGCACAGAAGAAACUCCAUGAACUGGAGUCCAAAGUCGAAGACCUUCAGUGGCAACUUGGAGAAAAGAAGCAAGAAGUUCAUAAAUUAGGGAAUGAAACAAAGAAGUUGCAGGAAAUAAUCCAAGAACUACAGAAAAGAGAGCAGGAGAAUGAAGGAAGAAAGGAAGACGAAAGGACACCAAGACACAAUCCAAAUGAGACUACCUGGGAUACACCCAAUGACAGAACAAGGAAUUGGGUUCUCCAGCAAAAAAUGGAAGGAGCCGAGACAAACGAAUCAACCUACCCCACGCUGACGGGAGGAGGAGAUCUCUCUGCUGCUACUGAAAUUCUGGAAAAUGUCAGACAAAAGCUGCAAAACGCAUCUCCAAAGCUGAAGCAGUUGGCUCGGAAAGCUGCUAGCAGAUUACAGUUUGAAACAGCAGAUGAUCAAGAUUUCCUUGCAAUACAAAAUGCUAUUGAAGAAGUUAUUUCUGAGCUGCAAAAACUGUCUGGAUUGUCCUACCUGGAAGAGCUGAAGCUCGUGCUACUCCCAGGGACUCCAUCUAGCUCGUUGACUGAGAGGCUGCUGAGACAGAAUGCUGAGCUGACGGGCUUUGUCAGCAGACUGAGUGAAGAAAAGAAUAAUUUGAGGAACGCUGUUAUGAAACUGGAGGAAGAACUGAGAAGAUACCAGCACAGACAACCUUCUGGAGACUAUUCUUCUAGACACUCAUCAGAUGUUGGCGUUAAUAUCGAUACUCUUGUUGCCUCCGAGAAGGAAACGUGGAACAGAGAAAAGCUGUCACUGCAGAAAUCUUUGAAACAAGCCAAUGCGGAGCUCUCCAAGCUGAGAGCAGAGCUCAGGAGCGAAGCUUUCCUCAGAGAACUGGGAUCAGAUUCUGAAAAUGCUGUUUUACGGAGAAUUUAUGGCAAAUACCUACGAGCAGAGAGCUUUCGGAAAGCUCUCAUAUAUCAGAAAAAAUAUUUGCUGCUGUUACUAGGCGGAUUCCAGGAGUGUGAGGAAGCCACGUUGGCCCUCAUUGCACGAAUGGGUGGACAGCCUUCCUACACAGACCUCGAAAUCAUCACACAUCAUUCAAAGGGUUUUACAAGAUUUCGCUCUGCAGUCAGAGUGUCCAUCGCAAUUUCAAGAAUGAAGUUCCUGGUUCGUCGAUGGCACAGAGUUACGGGUUCUGGUAUACUAAGUGUCAAUAGGGAUGUCUUUAGCCAGAACACAGGUAAUGAAUUACGGCCUGAUUCAUUCUCUGGUGGCAUGGAUCUUUAUGGAGAACAAAGGCAUUCCUAUAGAUCCAGGUCAGACAUGGAGUCUCCUAGAUCUCCUGUAAACUUUCAACAUAAGUUCCACGGUACGCACAUGGAGUUAAACCCGGUCUCUUUCGCCUGUUCUCAGCUGCAGAACUAUGAUCCUGAAAGAGCUUUAACAGAUUACAUCAAUCGGCUGGAGGCACUACAAAGGCGACUCGGCAGCGUGCAGUCGGGUUCGACUUCAUACACUCAGCUGCACGUGGGUAUGAGAAGAUAAUACCCUUUCGACACCUCCAUCACUGGCAGUGAUGUUAGUGGAUUGCCUUCUGUAAAUCUGUGCUCUUCCCGUGCUUUUGUAUAAUGUGUAUAUUGUGGGACCAACAUGAACACAGCUACACAGUUGUAUACAGUUCCAUCCUGCACACCCACGCAGACUGGGAUCUAUGUAUAUAGGCGCUUCGUGUUCAUGGAAAAAAAAGAAGAAAAAAACAAAACCAAAAAAAACCCCCAUCAUUAAAUUACAUGUAUAUUUGUGGAAUGCCUAAUUUAAAUGAUUAACUUAUGAAGUGUGUAUUUAUCAAAAGGGUGCGAAGAUGAAACUUGUGCAUUAAUGAAAUUGAGCUACAUUCAGCAGAGUUUACUUGCACUUUUUCUGGCAAGGCUACUGAAGUUACACGACUCGUACUAUUUGCUACUGGCAGCGCAGACAGAAUAUCACUUGUAGAGACCUAUUUUUGUAAUGGUAGAAGUUUUGAAUUUUAUGGGUAUUUUGUCAAAGUACUGAAAUAAAGAUGACUUCAUGCUUUUAA